CCAAAGAGCACCCCUUGUUCUCCAGCUCUAAGCCGACUUGACCCAACAACCUUCUUCGCAAAAUCGCAGUGACCAAGUAUGAUUUUAAUUUUCUAUCCUUAUUAGGAUCAAAUUGAAAUCCUCUUCUGUGCUACAGGAUUUUUAUUGAAUGUUUUUAAUUUCUGAUUUGCUGGUUAUUUUGUGAGAUAGGUUAUUAUUUAUGCUUUGGUCUUGAUUACAAUUUUUAUUCUAUUUCGUUAAGUUUUGUUCAUUUGUUUUUUAUUAACUAUUUGAUAAAAUAAAUUAUUUUUCAUAUCUUUUUGAGAAAAAAUUAGGGCAAAGGUUAUAUUUUGUCAUUUUAGAUAGUUAACGGAGUAUUUGUUUCCCAUUUUAGAACAACGACAGUUAUGUUUAUAAGAUGUUAUUUUUUUCUUACACCUUAUUUUUUAUUUAAGUUGUACUCCUGAUUUGUAAAAUUCUAUCGCACAAUUUUUUGCACAUCCAUAAGGUACUUUUACUCCACCUAAAAUGUCUAAAAUAUCUUAAAACAACUUCUACCCGGUAUAAACUACAUGAUGAGAUGUAUUUUAGACAUCUUAAGAGUGUUUUAUGAAAUUUAUAGAAAAUUAGGGAUCAUAGAAAGAGUUUAAGGGUGUAUUUUUUUGUGACAUACGAGUAGUAAAUUUGUGCCCUAUAGCAAAAUUGCUCCUGACUCCGCCACUGAAUUUAAGUGAUAUUUAGAGAAAUGACUUAAGUUUUAGUGCUAUUUAGUGCAAAUAUUUCUUUUUUAAGUUUGAAAGCCCUUUUUACUUUUCCAUUUAAAACCUCCGUCUCUUGCCACUCCGCGCGGGCCGCCGGCGAUCUCGACGGUGAAGAAAAGAGAAUGGCUAGCUACUCACAUUCACACUAAUGGUCUUCGCCUUGAGUGUAGCUUUUGAAGGAAAGUAUUACUGGUUCUCCGGGUCCUCUUGGAAAUAGCCUCUCUAUCUCUUGAAUAGCGGAUCUUAGCAGGCGGGAGAGAGCAGAGGUUGCUGAUGACCAUUAGCCCUAAAAGCAUAAGAGUUGCCCACCGGCUUCCUCUUUUUGCCCCUCUUCUCCUUCUUUCCCUAAGAGUGAUUGGGAGGUCUGGAAAUUUGAGGUUAGGGCAGCACAAAAGGGGAUUCGUUGGGGUUUGUUUGGAUAAGAGGAUGGAUUUGGGGGUGGAGGCUGAUAAGAUGGGAAUGGUGAGACCAGCAAUGGAAGGUUAUGUUGAAGCCGCGGUUGAAGCUAUACAGUCCGGGCAUGUUAUUGCUGUCCCUACGGACACUCUCUAUGGCUUUGCUUGUGACGCUUGUUCUGCUAAGGCAGUUAGUCGUAUCUAUGAGAUCAAAGGGCGUAAGUAUACAAAUCCACUUGCGAUUUGUGUUGGAGAUGUUGAAGACAUACACAAAUAUGCUGUCACUGAUCAUUUACCCCGCGGCUUGCUUCACUCUCUCCUUCCUGGUCCUGUUACUCUGGUGCUAAGCCGAGGUGAGUCGAGUAUCCUUGAGAAAUCUUUAAACCCUGGACUUGAGAGCAUAGGGGUUAGAGUACCUGAUAAUACCUUUAUUAGGGCACUAUCCAGCUGUUCUGGAAGUGCACUUGCCCUAACAAGUGCAAACCUUAGCGGGCACCCCAGUAGCAUUGUGAUCACAGAUUUUGAGAACCUCUGGGGUCACUGCGCUUACAUCUUUGAUGGUGGCGUGCUUCCAUCCGGACGGGCAGGUUCAACAGUGGUCGAUCUCACGAAGCAAGGAAAGUACAAGAUAUUAAGACCCGGAAGCUCCUUGGAAGAGACGGUCGGAAUCCUCCAGAAGUACUCAUUAGUAGCAGCAGAUGAGAGCUGAGCGAUGGACUAUAUGAGCUUGUUUGGUAAUAGCGUUAGAGAUUAGCAUUAUCGUUUUGAAAAGGCUAUCUACGGGCAACGUUUAGCGUUAGCACUUUCAAAGUAAUCUGCACUGUUAAAAUUUUAUCUAAAAGGCUAACGCUAAUUUCUAACAUUGUUCCCAAACAUGCCCUAUAUGUGAAGCUCUGAAGUUUUUUAUCUCUGAUAAUAUAGUUGUGAUAGUACCUUGUCAUAAUUAGUGCUUUCAUUUAUGUGUUUUCUUUUGUAAAAUUUGUUAGUUUUAGAGGUUGAUUGAUAGUGUUUUUGGUAAGUAAUUCUCAAUUUGGGCUUGAAAAUUAGAAAGUGGACAAUUCUUGUGUUGUA